AUCGUGCACCCCCGAUACACGCGAGGUCUAUUCGUUAAGGGACAGUAUCGCCGCGUGGUUGAUAAAAUAAUUAUAUGAUAAUUAUUGAGGGAUUUAUCGAUGAAAUAGUGCUUUAUUAAUAAUUGAAAUACUGAAGAUAGUGGAGUUAUUGGAUGAAUAAAUAAUUGAAAGGAGUUGGUGGAGUCAGGAUUAUUAUUGUGAGUUGAUGAGAAGGAUUGUGAGUCUUCAGAAGAGAUGAUGAUGAUGAUGAGUGACCGAUGAAGGAUUUUUCGUUAUUUUUGUAUUAUAAUUGGGAAUAUUUGUGAUUUGAGUGAUUUGAGUGAAAUUCGGGGGGGUUUUCAGUGAAUUUUCUUGAGGAUUGUUAAUUCUUUUUUUUGGGGGGAUGUGGAGGGACUGAUUGAUGACUGUUGGGUGACGGUCAUGUGCGCGAGUGGAUGAUGAUUACGGGAUAACUUGGAGAUUGAGGAAAUUGUGAGGUUGUGUUUUUUUUUGUGGAGAUCUGAGGAUUCGCGAGUUCUGGGGGAUAUGAGGGGUUUGGAGGCUGGUUUUGGUGGUGUUGAUAUACAGGGAUGGUGACAGCCUUGGGGAACACGAGACAACGGGGAGAUUUCUCGUUGACGGAUAUAAGGAUGCGCUGAAGCACCCGAGUUCCUCUCGCACCCCCGAGAUGUCAGCAGUAACGAGUCCGUAUGGCCCUACGGAUAUGCUAUCCGACUCGGUCUACAACUACGCCACCUCCCGACGGAGCACAACAGGGGAUCAGGACAGCAGCGACUCGCAAUUUGAGCCGCCGAGCCAUCAAUUACAUGAUCAAUUGUCAAGUAUGCAGAAACCCCGCAACAAACGUAAAAAUUUCAAGCCAAUUAGCAGUAGAAUGGCUGAAGUAUCGGACGAUGAGUCUGAUAGAGACGAGCAGGAGGACGAUUCUGAGACAAUUGAUGAGACUAAUUCAAAUGACGUUGUUGAGUAUGAACGUAAAACUCUGUUGAGUACCAACGAUGAUAGACCAAAACAGAGACUUAAUAAUAAUGAGGCUAGUCCGAUGGAUCUGUCUGUUGCCACUAGGCCACCUUCCUCGGAUGGUGAUGAGGACAGCAGUGAUUCGUUGAGACACAAGUUUAUUAUUGAACAGCUCAGGUCGCAGAAGCCUUAUUCACCUGGUGUUGUUGAGGCGAGAAGUCCAGCAUCCGAGUCAUCCGAGAAAAGUGACUUGGAUCAAGAGCCAAGUAGACUAGACGAUCACGAUCCUCAUUUUGACGAAGAUCGUAUACUAGAGACUGAGCCUGAAACAGACAGAGAAGAACGCAAACCCAUGGAAGAUAUGCGGGAAUACGUUGAAUCAACAAUGCAGGAGCUCGCUGCUAUUUUUGGUCUUGCUGGUGGUGAAUUGGCCAAGUCAGUCAGUAGACAAUUGCCAUCAACAUUUCUCAAUCCCCAUACCGGUCAAAUUCAGUUUAAUCCAAAUCCCAAUCAUUCGGGACAAUGUCAGCAGGAUGAACAGCAGGCGCAUCAAGGAAAAGUCAAGGUGAAAGAGGAGAAGGACGGAUCAUCAAUGGCACCAGGUAGUCCCCCCACGCCGCCCCACACCCCCCAGAGUCCGUCGCGUCAACCCAAUCCCCCCGGUAAUUUAUCCCAAUCGAGUCAAACCCAGAGCAUAUCCCCAAAUAUUCAAAAUCCCCUUCAAACACUCGCUAAUUCACCCCUAAGUCAGAUACUCAUACAGAAUCCCGCAUUAGCACAAUUGUUACAACAAAAUCCAGCUAUACUAUCCCAAAAUCCACAAUUGGCCCAGUUACUGCAACAAAAUCUUCAGGCACACAUGGGAAAUGUAUUGUUUCCCACAAAUUCAAGGAGAGACGAGUCUGAAGAAUCACGGGUUCCACCAACGAUAGCAAGCCUGGCAGCUAUGAAGGUGAACGCAGGUGAUCCAAAAGUUUCCGUACUACUGAGACAAAGUAUGUCCCCAUCAGCGGAGAAUCUGAUAAGUUCAAAAUCUCCAGCAGUACCUCAGCCUACGAUCGAUUACUCUCGAUAUGUACGGCGUUUUGGUUCAGGUCAAGAGUGUGGUAGCUCCUACUGCAAGGAGUUAGGCUGUCGCGAGCACUUUCACUGUCUAGACUGCAGUGGCCGAGUAUUCGUGAAAAAAGAAGAGAUGAUAAGGCACUUCAAAUGGCACAAGAAGAGAGAUGAAUCUCUGCAGCAUGGCUUUAUGAGGUACUCACCUACCGACGAUUGCAUGGAGCGACAUCCAAUGCGUCAAUGCCCCCACAAUCGUAAACAGACGCAUUAUCACUGUAUACACGAUAAUUGCGAUAAAGUGUACAUAUCAACGUCAGAUGUGCAGAUGCACGCUAAUUUUCAUAGGAAAGAUUCGGCUAUAAUUCAGGAGGGCUUUCAAAGGUACAGAGCUACUGAGAACUGCUCGACGGAUUAUUGUCCAUUUGCUGGACAACGAACGACGCAUUUUCAUUGCAGAAGGCCCGGAUGUACAUUCACAUUCAAGAAUAAAGCUGACAUGGACAAACACAAAUCGUAUCACAUAAAGGACGAGCAGUUGUCGCGCGACGGUUUCAAAAAAUUCAUGAAGAACGAGGCGUGCCCUUUCGAGCAGUGUCGUUUCUCCCGAGUUUGCAAUCACAUUCACUGCAUCCGGCCUCACUGCAACUACGUCCUCCACUCAUCCGGUCAGCUAUUCUCCCACAAGCGAAAGCACGAGCGUCACGAGUCGGAGCUAGCUUACCGAAAGUACAAGCAAGUUGGCGGGGUAGGUAUCAGGCCACCAGUGUGGACACCUGAGGACAUGGGUCCACAGAGUCUCUCACUGAGUAUGAACGGUGAGAGUUCGAAUGAGGGCCGAGGCUCGCCUUCCUUCUACUCCCUGGAGGACUCCUUCCAAUCAGCUAGCGAUCUCGCAAUGGACCUAACAGCCUCAACAACAACCACAAAUCCCAGUUCCUCGAUACAAAUCGAUCCAAGUCCCAGUGCACCUCAAUCCCCCCAACACCUGACACCCGCUGAACUUGCGUACCUCGCCCCAGCUUCGUCAGACUGUCUCUGUCAGAACGGCAGAGAUCACUACCACUGUGCGCUCGAUCGUUGCGGUGCAACUCUGAGAAAUCCAACUGAAGUCCGUGAACACCUUCGAGAGCACGAGACCCAAGAACGAAUAACCGAUGCCUUCUUUGAAGAAGGCAACUGCGACGAUUCGUGUCCCUACGCAGACAAAGAGAAACAUUAUCACUGCACGUGGGAGAACUGCAAAGAGGUCAUCCUUGCAACUGACAAACCCUUCAGAAGACUCCAGCACUAUAAAAUUCACGAAUACAGCAGACAAUUGAACCUUAACUCAACAACCCAAGUUCUAUCGUCCGACGUCACUUUGACCCACCUGACAAACAUUGACGCCAUGUUCAGGCGAAAACGUGGCCGACCACCAAAGAAUCGUGUUAUUGAGAUUUGGUCAGGUGGUGAUCCAUCACACACACAAGACACACCACAAGCUAUAUUCACAAGUUUCAAACUGCCAAAACCCAAUCCUACAAAUCCUAAUCCACAAAUUGAUGAGCACGAGGAGAGUUUAUCGCCAGUUCCUGAUGAUACCGAUGGCUUCUCCACCUAUAAUCCUGACACCUGUCCCGAUCCAGUCUGCGUGAUUAGAAUGACAAAACAUCAUCACUGUUCCCAACCAAGAUGUCACUUCUCCACAGAUAGGCCAGAUCAACUGCUCAUGCACAGCAAGGAUUUUCAUGAUAAUAUCGACAUACCACCGGGUUUUGCAUUCUACGACAAAAUGGUGGACUGCAGAUUAACGGGAUGUCACAGUAACAGAGUGCACAGGCAUUAUCACUGUACAAGGCCCAAUUGUGGUUACUCAUUUGUCAGAUAUUCGACAAUAGCACAUCAUGAGAAACAGCACAUGGGGAUGAGUGAUGCUACUGAGGGCACCACUGAUGGACUAAGUCAAGGGGGUCUGGAGGUUAAGCCCAGAAUUCAGGUGAAGAAUACUGCGGAGCUAAUCGAUAAAGUCGACGAUGACGAGAGUAGAUUGGUCAUCGAGGUGAAAGAGGAAUUGCCUAGUCCUGAUGGAAACAAAACAACUGUGGUGAGGGCGGCAGGCACCUAUUAUCCGGUCAGCGGACCGACGAGCGAACCCGCACUACCGGGCGCCAUGCUAUCCAUCCGGGCUUCCGUGCACCAAGAGACACCAGUGCUUCCGUCAACGAGUUCAUCCUCCUCCCACACCCUCUACGGCCCUGAGCAAAGUUGCAGCCGUCCAUUUUGCAAAUUAAAACGAAAGAAUCAUUACCACUGCAACGCCUGUAAUCAAGCAUUCUCCGAGCUCGAUCGCCUGGUCGCUCACAUCGCGAAACACUCGACCGGUGCUAUUCUAUCCCAACAGCAGCACGAACUACCCCAGCAACCGCAAAAUCCCCUCCCCCACGAUUACCUAGCGCAACUGUCCGCCCAAAAGCACGACUUCAUGUCUCAAAAUGUCCAGAUGGCGCAGAACAUUCAAAAUUUCCAGAAUAUGCACCGCCAGAUGCAGCAGAGUCUCUCCCAAAUGACUCAACAGCCACCGAUCAAGGAGAUAAAACUAGAGUCCCCGCGUCACGAGUCCAAUAACCAAAACAAUGUGAAAAGAGAGCCUGACAUUCUCCGCGAGGAGAACCACCACCACAUGGAUAACAAUGAAAACGGCCAGCUCCAGGUGCCCCCUACUACCUCGGUCCCAGGUUCAGUACCAAGUGGUUUUGAGCUUGAUCUCAGCCACGGCUUUCAUUUCCCUAGUCCCGCAGUAAUGGCCGCCAUGAACCAACAAAUAGCGUUGAUGAACCAGGCACUUCCUCCAUUUCUGCAACACGGCGGAAUGUACGCAGGGGCGCCAGGCCUGAUGUUCGCCCCUGGGAUUCCCCCAGGGAACUUCCUGCCACCAGGAAGGGACGAGAAUCCCCUAGCCUCUCUGGCGGCUAACUUGAAUCUCAAUAAGAGAUCACUGUCUCCCCCUGACGUCAAUUCCGCUGAAGCCAAGAAACAGAGGCUGCAUCACUCCAUGAGAAUGCUCAAGGACGAGCCGGUGCCUGAGGGCUACGUCAGGUUCAGGUUCAACGAGGACUGUAGGUACCAGCAUUGUGGCUACAGGGAGCAUCAGACACAUUUUCACUGUAUGCGACAGGACUGUGGCUACUCCUUCUGCGAUAAAACGAGAUUUGUUCAACAUACGGCUAGGCAUGAGAGGUUAGACACACUCAUGGGUGGGGAUUUUCAACAGUACAGGGCGAAUGUACCUUGUGGCAGGGCUCAGUGCGCCUACACGUCAUCCCUGGGAUCGAUGCAGAAUAAGGCGUCUCACUUUCACUGUCUCAAAUGUGACUUUGUUUGUACUGAUACUAAUAAAGUAGUCGCACACAGAAGGCAACACGCCAAGUUGGAUAAUAUUGCGGCAGCUGGCUUUCAAAAGUUCACACCGAGUCAACCCUGUGGUGCUGGGCAGUGCCAGCAUUCCAGGAAACAGACGCAUUAUCACUGCCUUCAGUGUCAGUAUGCCGUACUAGGUCUUGCGCAAAUGUCUGCGCACAAGUAUCGGCAUAUGGAUGCGUAAGCUAGUGAGUUUAGUCAUUUAAAAUUAGGGGAAUCCCCGUUACGAAAUGAGGAUUUUUGACAAUUGGUGAAGCUUCAUGAAUUCUCUUGAUUCUUGUAUCAAUCUUUGGAACUAUUUAAUCCAGUUUUUACCAUGAGAAAGAAAAACUAGAGAAGAAAAGUUAUGAAAAAUGCAAAUCGUACUGAAGUGUUUCUAGAGGGGUUACAAAAAAAUAUGAACACCCCUAUGGCACGAGAGGUUAGGCACACUCAUGGGUGGGGAUUUUCAACGGGAUUUUCAACAAAUCUAUCUUGUGGCAGGGCUCAGUGCGUUUACACAUCAUCCCUGGGAUCGAUGCGGAAUAAGGCGUCUCACUUUUACUGUCUCAAAUGUAACUUUGUUUGUAUUGAUACUAAUAAAGAAGGCGCAUACAGAAGGCAACACGCCAAAUUAGAUAAUAUUGCGGUAGCUGGCUUUCAAAAGUUCACACCGAGUCAACCCUGUGGUAGUGGGCAGUGCCAGCAUUCCAGGAAACAGAGGCAUUAUCACUGCCUUCAGUGUCAGUAUGCCGUACUAGGUCUUGCGGCAUAUGGAUGCGCUAUUUAGUGAGGUUAGUCAUUUAAAAUUAGGGGAAUCCCCGUUACGAAAUGAGAAUUUUUGACAAUGGGUGAAGCUUCAUGAAUUCUCUUGAUUCUUGUAUCAAUCCUUAGAACUAUUUAAUCCAGUUUUUACUAUGAGAAAGAAAAACUAAAGAAGAAAAGUUAUGACAAAUGUAAAUCGUACUGAAGUGUUUAUAGAGGGGUGACAAAAAAAUAUGAACACCCCAAUGGCACGGGAGGUUAGGCACAAUCAUGGGUGGGGAUUUUCAACAGUACGUGGUGAAUUUACUUUGCGACAGGGCUUAGUGCGCUUACACAUCAUCCCUGGGAUCGAUGCAGAAUAAGGCUUCUCACUUUCACUCUCUCAAAUGUAACUUUGUUUGUACUGAUACUAAUAAAGUAGUCGCAGACAGAAGGCAACACGCCAAAUUGGAUAAUAUUGCGACAGCUGGCUUUUAAAAGUUCACGCCGAGUCAACCCUAUGCUGCUGGGCAGUGCCAGCAUUUCAGGAAAUGGACGCAUUAUCACUACCUUCAGUGUCAGUAUGCCGUACUGGGUCUUACGGAAAUGUCUGCGCACACGUAUGGGCAUAUGGAUGCGUAAGCGAGUGAGGUUAGUCAUUUAAAAUUAGGGGAAUCCCCGUUACGAAAUGAGGAUUUUUGAAAAUUGAUGAAGCUUCAUGAAUUCUCUUGAUUCUUAUAUCAAUCUUUGGACCUAUUCAAUCCAGUUUUAAUGAUGAGAAAGAAAAACUAGAGGGGAACUAAAAAAAAAUUAUGACGAAUGUAAAUCGUACUAAAGUGUUUCUAGGGGUGUUCUAAAAAAAUAGAUAACUACAAAGAGAUGUGUAUAAUUAAUCGUAUUUACAAGCAGUAUUUAGAAACACGAAAUGAUAAAAGACUGUGGCUGACGGUUAAACGUUUAAAAUUAGAAGAAUUCAGCCAUCUUUUCUUUUUCAUAAAGAAAAUCAGGAAUUGAAAAAUAAAAAUCGUGAAGUUGUUCUUGUUCUGUACAACGAGAGAUGUAUAUCAAGCAUAGUAUAUUGGAAAAUAAUAUACUCUAAAAUGUUAAUUCAUUAAAUAUAGAGGGGAUUUUAGUAGGAGUGUGAAUAUAUUAUCUGAUAAAAUAUAAUUUUAAUUAUUUGAAGAACACGAGGGAGCGUGCGUUUUACGAUUAAUCGAUGCUCAACACGAGAUCCAAGUCCUCUGAUCUGACUCGAAACGACUAAGAACCUGAAAAUGAGAGAAUAUUGAGAUAUUUAAAAAAAAGACAACAUAUUUUUUGAAUACUAGCCUUUUCAGAGUGAUAGGGUGCCUUUAGAGUUGCAUCAUCCUCAUUCUUUCUCUUGAAUUCCUAGAAAAAUGAACAUAAUGCGUGCCUUAUCAGCAACGCAGAAACAAUAAUUAAUUUAAGACUCGAUUUCUGAAUAAAUCCGUAACUUACGUCAAUAAUGAGCUAAAUUAUUGUGGACUUAAUGUGCUAGUGCCUUAAACGAAAACAUAGUAGGUAUUCUCAAGCCUGAAAAUAAUAACGGAUCAAUGAGAAAUCCAUCCAUCUCUGAAUUUUCCUGAAGACAAAAGAGACAAAUAGUUGAACCAACUUUAACCAACUAGUUUAGAGGAACGAUUUUUACAUUAAAUAGUAGCCAUUCCAUAGGAAGUACACACUGAUAGUCAUCCCUCCAACCAAUCAGGUUUUACGAUUGAGCGAAUAGGAAAAAAAAUUGACAGCUCAGUGAAAAUGCGAGGAGAAGGCAAUACGAACGAGUGAAUUUCAACGCAAAAACGUGAAUGACCAUGAUACGUUGUGGUAUUCCAGGUAAUUCAAGAAUACCACAUUAUGUUUUAUCAAUUCUGUUUCUGGUUGAAACAACUGUGCGAUAAAAAUGGGUAUUCCUGGUUAGGUUGGAUCAUAGGAAGCCAUACGAGUGCCAUACCACGAGUAAACACGAUUUAAAAUAAUUAUUCUUAGAAGAAUGACGGGGUGAUCGUGGGGCGUAAGGUGCGGGAAUUCAUGAUCAAUGACCAUUUUAGGUGAUACAACAAAAUGGCGGAUGUUUUUUUAGUGGUUGUAACAUAUUUAUUUAGAGGUUAGAAAGGGUUUUCUUUUGUUUUUUUUUCUUUUGUACAACGAGUCUUGGACUGGUUUUCGACUUUUUCCCCCUGAUUGAAUAUCAUGUAUCGCCCGUUUCGAGACCGAUGAGGUGAAGUAAAUGAUUAAUGUGGUAGAUGUAUCCUAGAUUUUAACGAGAAAGAUAAAAACAUGAGAGAAAAAUUGUAUGGGUAUAAGUAUUAUUACAUAAAAUCAUUUUAAAAUGAGUGACAAUUGAGGGACAAUUGCGUCAUGCGUAUUUUAGUGACAGAAAGAUACGAGAAAAAGCUAUUAUUGUAAUUGAUAAUUUUAUCUAUUGUAUCAUUAUUGAUUAAUAUCAUCUAUUAUAUUAUACAUAAUUAAUUAUUAUUGAUAAAACACACACGAACACAAACACCUUUUAUGUAGCUGUGAUUUUGCUUUGAAAAAGUGAAAAUUAAACAAAAAUAUGAUAUUUAUAGCAACAACGGA